AUGCUGGCUCCUCACUCAACCCGGAAACGCUCAGAGGCUGAUCCGACGAACUUCACCCUCCCAAGUCUGACACUUGGGGGACAAGCCACAUGGAGGGUGGACGCCUGGCUCGACCUGGUGAGCCCGCACCUUCCCUUCAUCUGGAAGACGGGGCCGCAGCCGUCUCCACUGUAUGGAAGGACCAGGCCAGCUUUGGGAAAUCUGACGCAGGGUUUGAUCCCCGGUCCAGGAAGAGGCCACGUGGCCACAAUAAUUGAACCCGCAAGCCACAACUGCUACGAGCCCAUCCUCUGCAACAACAGAAGCCCCCCGAAAUGA